CGAUGGUGCUGAAGGGGAUAUUUGGCAGGGGGGGAGGCGUGACGAAGCAAUGGCGGCGCCCGCCACAUGAUGAGAGGUACCGUAGUUGGUACCGUAUUGCGUGCCUCAAGGGAGGCAGGCAGCUUCUGAAUCUGAGCUACCUAAAUUGAUUGGCCCGCCAACAACAGCACCUCCCUCUUCAAGUUCAAGCUGAAAUGGGCAAUGGGUCUCUGAGAAUUCUGAUGGGCAGAAUGGAAGCCGUGACGUUGAUCUGAGUCUCUCCUUCUGUACAGGCAAAGGCAGACGGACCAGGGUACAGCAGGAUAAAACUUGCAAGUGCGGCAUCAGACCUUGAAGGAAUGGCCAGCUUCUUGUUUGCCAGCUCCUAAUCAAGCAGCUUAUGAGCAGAUCUGUGCAAAGCUUGUAUUAAACCAGGGCACAGUCCAGUGCCUUUCCAGAUUCUGCGGCGUCCUCCUCUAUACAGGCCUGCGGGGCCGGUAUUUUCGAGGAUCUCCUUCUGGUCACACCCCUUGACCCCAAUGCCGUUGUGAAAGCGCUGGAGCAGGUGCCUGCUGCAGCAGGGGAUGCGUCCCGUGCGCUGGCCUCAGCAAUGGCAACAGUCCGGCAAACGGCGCUGCAUACUGUUGCGCCCCCGGAUGCGGAGAGCAAGCUGCUUGGCGGCGAGGCGGGGACAAUGCACGAGGGAUCAUGGCAGGAGGGGGCAGCUCCAGCUGGGUCAAAGAGUGCUUGGGUUGAAUCAGGGCGGGAGAGGGCUGCCUGCGACUGCUGUGCGAACAGCCUUCCUGCCGCAGUGGCAGACAGGCGGCCGGGGGGGAGCCAUCCUGCCGAAUCUCCUUCAAUAGAAGGCGGGAUGGCUCCAAGCAGCACAGAACCUGCUGCAAUACGGAUCAAGCCGGCCAAUGGCUGGGAUCAGAUUGUGAGCCGCCGAGCGGUGCCCUGCGAUUCCGCUAAGGAUCAGCGGUGGACAUUUGGCGAUGGGACGGUGUCGUUGUGGGAGCUGGUGGCGGGGGUCAACUUCCAGGUGUAUGCGGGCAUCCACGUGUGGGCGCUGGUGGCGGUGCUCCAGUGGCGCAGCUGGCGCCUCGUGGGCCUGUGCGCCGCGGUGUACGUCCUCAAGAUGUUUGGCAUCACCGGCGGCUUCCACCGCCUGCUCUCGCACAGGUCCUACAAGACCUCGCGCACUUUCCAGUUUGCGAUGGCCUGGCUAGGGUGCUGUGCAUUCCAGAAGGGCCCCCUCUGGUGGUGCUCCCACCACCGCCACCAUCACAGGACUGCGGACACUCCGGCUGACGCUCACAGCCCCGUCCAGUUCGGCUUCUGGUGGUCCCACGUCGGCUGGUUCCUGUGCAGCACUGCCAGCAUGGACGCACGCCUGGAAGCUGUGCCCGACCUGGUGCGCCGCGCGGAGCUGCGCUGGCUGGACAAGUACCACUACAUCCCCCCCUUCCUGCUGGCGGUGGCUCUGUAUGCGGCCGGCGGGUGGCCGUACGUGGGCUGGGGCUUCAUGCUGAGCAACGUCCUGUGCUGGCACGCCACGUACUGCAUCAACAGCCUGGCGCACCUGGUGGGCCGGCGGCGGUACUCGUGCGAGUUCCAGACGCACUGCGACGCGCGCAACAACGCGUGGCUGGCGCUGGCCACCCUGGGGGAGGGCUGGCACAACAACCACCACUGCUACAUGCGCUCCGCCAAGCACGGCUUCUACCCUCACGAGAUCGACGUCACGUACGCACUUCUGCGCGGCCUCGCCGCGCUGCGCCUCGUGUGGGACCUCGAGCUGCCGCCCAUGCACCAACUGGAGGCGCGGCGGCUGGGGCGGGACCUGUACGAGUGCCGCUGCGACCAGGUCGGGGAGGACCUCCGACAGGUCGAGCAGGAGUGACGCAAUCACGCGCGGCGGGACAGCUCCCGAACAGGCGGACGACCCGGGUUGAACAUCGUCUUCCGAUUCGUAGGCAAGCUGGCUGCGAGAAGCAUGCGGGCUCAGAAGAUGCGUUGCAAACGGCAUGCACGCCCGGGUCAAGCGGGGUCCCAAAGGCCCUGGCGACGAGCCUGGGUAAAAUCUAGACACUGCACCUUGCACAUAUGAAAUCAUUCUUUUUAAUCAGGUACUUUGAAUUGAUACGAGGAACAGGUUUGUGAUUAAGAUUUUCCAGACCUUCGAAGUCAAAAGAGCCCUUUCAUGGAGUAUUUAUUUGGUGUAAAAAGUGGACACUCGACAGUCGACAGAACAACUUACUUAAAAUUUGUCUUUCAGCCUUCUGCAAAGCAAGCUUUAGCAGAGACUUAGGUGUCGAUUACAACGAUCUCGUAGACAUUUGUUGCCAGAAGGACUCGGGAGCUCGCUGCGUGUUUGCGGGCCUGGGCGAAUGCGUACAAGCUCUUACCAUUAAGCACUCACCGGGUCCCGGAGCACUUUCGUUGGAAAGCUUUUCUGAUGACAG